ACCUUCUUCCCUAGGGCUACAAGGAGGUGGCGGUGGCUGGGCUCCUUUAAGGCCGGCCCAGUGGCUGGCCCCCGGGGGCACUGUCUCUUUAAAAGGCUGUAUCUUGUCCAGCAGUUGCUGGGGGGAGGGGGGCCGUCGAUGACCAUUGUUUCUGGCUGGGGUGGCUCUACCCCCUCCCCUUCUCCUCCUUUUCCGCCCUUCCCCCUCCUCCCUCUUCCUCCUCUCCACCCCCCUCUCUCGCUCUCUCCCUCUCUAGCUCUCGUCCUCUCCCUCUCGGGCUCUGUGGCAGCGAGAGAGCGCGCGGCGUCGGAGACGCGGAGCUCUAUGUAGGCUCUUGCCCGCUGCAUUGGUGCACCCGCCUCCCGGGCACACGCGCACCUACCUAGAUUUAAUUGGCAAUUAAACUAGUGUUGGGGUAAAAGAAAAAAAAAAAAAGGCAGGAGGACAAGAUGGCUGAGCUAGGCAGUAAGGGAGUGACCGCAGGGAAAAUAGCCAGCAACGUGCAGAAGAAACUCACCCGUGCGCAGGAAAAGGUCCUACAGAAGUUAGGAAAGGCAGAUGAGACUAAAGAUGAGCAGUUCGAGCAGUGUGUCCAGAAUUUCAACAAACAACUGACGGAAGGGACCAGGCUGCAAAAGGAUCUGCGCACCUACUUGGCAUCUGUCAAAGCAAUGCAUGAAGCCUCUAAGAAGCUAACGGAGUGUCUGCAAGAGGUGUAUGAACCAGACUGGCCCGGGAGAGAGGAGACAAACAAAAUAGCGGAAAACAAUGACCUGCUAUGGAUGGAUUACCAUCAGAAACUGGUGGACCAGGCGCUUCUGACCAUGGACACUUAUCUAGGCCAGUUUCCUGACAUCAAAUCUCGAAUCGCUAAGCGUGGGAGGAAAUUGGUGGACUAUGACAGUGCCCGCCAUCAUUACGAGUCUCUUCAGACUGCCAAAAAGAAGGACGAAGCCAAAAUUGCCAAGGCUGAGGAGGAGCUCAUCAAAGCUCAGAAGGUAUUUGAGGAAAUGAAUGUUGACUUGCAGGAAGAGUUACCAUCUCUGUGGAAUAGCCGUGUUGGUUUCUAUGUCAACACAUUCCAGAGCAUCGCUGGCCUGGAGGAGAAUUUCCACAAGGAGAUGAGCAAGCUGAACCAAAACCUGAAUGAUGUGCUGGUGAGCUUGGAGAAGCAGCAUGGCAGCAACACAUUCACUGUCAAGGCCCAGCCAAGUGACAAUGCCCCUACGAAAGGGAACAAGAGCCCCUCACCACCGCCCGAUGGUUCCCCAGCUGGCACCCCUGAGAUCAAGGUCAACCACGAGCCUGAACCAGCCAGCCUGGACACUCCGGGGGCUGCCCUCCCCAAGUCGCCGUCUCAGCUUCGAAAAGGCCCACCAGUCCCACCGCCUCCCAAACACACUCCGUCCAAGGAAAUCAAGCAGGAACACAUUAUCAGCUUGUUUGAUGACAAUUUUGUCCCCGAGAUCAGCGUGACCACCCCCUCACAGUUUGAUGCCCCUGGGCCAUUCCAGGAAAAUGCCAGCCUGUUGGAUCUGGACUUUGAUCCCAUCCCACCCGUUGCAAGCCCUGUGAAGGCACCUACGCCCUCUGGUCAGGCUGCAGAGAGUCCAGCUGGCAGCCUGCAGUCUGUGGAGCAGGGCCCUGCUGAUAGCGCCACGGAAGAGGGCGCAUUUCCCGUGGUCUGGCCCAGCCAGACCUCAGAGCCUGGGCCAGCCCAACCAGGAGAUGUGACAGAGGCUGGCGAGACGAAACCAGUGGCAGUAACUGAAGGAGCCAAUGAGACGGCGGCAAGUGACGGGGCCUCUAGCUCCCUGCCUGCUGUGGUGGUUGAGACCUUCCCAGCCACCGUGAAUGGAACUGUGGAAGGCAGUGCUCCCUCCAAGAGGUCUGACUUGCCCCCAGGAUUCAUGUUCAAGGUCCAGGCACAGCAUGACUACACAGCCACUGACAGUGAUGAACUACAGCUGAAGGCUGGAGAUGUGGUGCUGGUGAUUCCGUUUGAGAACCCAGAGGAGCAGGAUGAAGGCUGGCUGAUGGGUGUGAAGGAGAGUGACUGGCAUCAGCGUAAGGAGUUGGAGAAAUGCCGAGGUGUUUUUCCUGAGAACUUCACAGAGAAAGUCCAGUGAGAGCUGCAGUCAUCACUCUUCUUUCAAGGGGAGUGAAGCCACUCCCCCCCCCCCCCUCAAAAAAUGUGUCUUUCUGGGUUUUUUCUUUUUUUUUCUGUUGGGGAAAAAAUAGAAAGAAAAACAAGGAGAACGAAGAGGAAGAACAGAAGCCACAAAACAUAAUGGAUGACAACCAAAAUUUGAAUUUGUCAGAAUGAUGUUUUAAAAGUGUUAUUUUGCAGCUGAUGUAUCCCUGUAGUUGAGUUCCAGUGCUGAGAUACCCCUGCUCAGUUCUCAGUAGCGUGUGAGCCUUGAUCAGGGAACACUGGGUGGGAGAGUGACCUUGCUGGAGACAAACAGCAGGGGAUACUCAAACCGUUAUGCUUGCCAGUCACUGUGGCCCAUCACAGGGUGAACACCAUACACCCAUUUCCCUGGCAGCUCCUGUCGGCAUGGGUGUUUACAGGCAGCCCGUCCUCUAAUCUUGGCUCUAAAGAUCCUUCUCCAACCCCACUGACCAGGACAUCUGUUGUGCUAUUUGACAAUAAAACUAGUGUACAGUGUUAAACAAAAACAAAAAAAUGCCACCGUAAAACUAAAAGAAAAAAAUCAAAACAACUAAACCCAAAACAAAUUGUGUGUUUCUUUUUUUUCCUCCCCCCCCAACCCCCCAAUAGGUAUAAGUGGACUGUGAUUUGGGAUUUUAUACUGUGAUGAAGGAAAAGCUAAGGCAAGCCAAGUUAGGGCCUGCAUUAAAUCAAAGGGAAACCUCAUUCCUCCCAGCUGAAGCUUGACACCUGGAGGGUUUCCCCUUUGACUGGGGACAAAUUAAUGUGAAAGUGACCACUGGUCAGUGGUUCAAGAAAAGGGGGAGAAAAUGUGCUGAGGAAAAGGAGGCAAAAUUAGAGAUAGAGGCAGCCUGUUUUCUUAAAAUUAUAGUCUUUCAAAAUUGUACCUUUUUAUUAGUAGGAGAGUAUAGCUCUUUGGGAACACAGAUCGGCCCUUUAUUUGUUGUUCUUGAAUGGGGUUGACUUUUUUCCCAUGGAGAAUUCUGCAGACUGGCCAGGGUUAGAGCCACCUUCCUGGCCCUCUUGUUGGCUAGGGUCAGAGCUGUAUGAACUCUUUUAAACUCUAUUUAAUAUUGGUGCAUGACAUUCUUAUCCUGUGGUUAGUUGUGGGGAGAAGUGUGAGAAGGGGAGGGGGACUCCGUGAAGGGGGGAAAGGUGUGAAAAUUCAGGCAUUCCCAUUUCUCCAUGGCUUUGCUUUGCUUCUGCAGAAGGGAAGGGGUUUGUGUUGGUCAAAACUAAGGAUACUUGAACAUGGAUGUAAACUAACCAAUACCACCUCUCUCUCUUGUUCUCUCUCCUAGUUUUCCUCUCCCUCUCUCCCCCUCAUUCUCUCUCCUUUUGAUGUAAAUUCUUCUCUUAGGAAAACUCCAUUUAGAGCAGGUGGGGCCUCCAUGCUCAGGCUUCAGCCAGUCUGAACAAAAUUUGCCUACAUGGGCAGAAAGCGCUCCCAGGGGCUGCUGGGUGUAGUUGUCGUCAUUGCUUGUGUGAUGAAUUGAGGUGUUGGAGUGGAUGGGGGAGAUCCAGGAGCCAGCUUUGUGUCUAGGGUGGGUUGAUUUCACUUGAAAGGGUCAUCUUCUGCAUUUUGCUCAGUGUUUUAUUUUUAAAAUGAAAAACAAAGCAAAACAAAAUGAAACAAAAAAACCCUGUGCAUCAUUGUCUCGUGUGUGUGUGUGUAAGAGUGUGUGUGUGUGUGUGUGUGAGAGAGAGAGAGAGAGAGAGAUCGAGAUCUUUUUCUCUACCUGUUCAUGGAUGGCCAUCAUAGCUUGCCUCUAGCUGGAACAGCUUGUCAUGGUUCUACUUUCCAGCAGUAAGGCAGCCUUGCAAAUAGCCUCCCCUCCCUCCCCCCAACUUGCCCAGGGACAAAGGCCAGCAAACAGUCAGGAUUGUGGAAGCAGCUUCUUUGGGUGGUGUUCCCCAGGGUUCUCCUCAGGGAGGGUGGGCUGGGAAAACUGUGUGGGCGGCUGGUUUGGGUACUUUAUCUGCAAGGCUGACUUAGUCAUAUUGAUGGUCAUUCCUUAAGAAUGUUACAGUGUGUUUGACUGCCUUGUUAGUUGAAAAAAAAAAGUAGUGAUGUUGGUUUCUCUUUUGGAAAAUCUGAACAAUGUAAUGAUUGAUCCAUGUGAAACUCUAUUUUUAUGCGUUUGUAAACCUGGUUGAAUCUUCUCAGAGCAAUGUUUUAAAAUAUAUAUCUACAUAAAUAUAUAACAGUAAAAGCAAAUGAAUUGGGUUAAUGCCAGAAUCCUAGCUUAAAUUUGUUUAUUUUUAUGCAAAACUUGUGGCCUUUUUUUUUUUUUAAGGCAACAGGAUUAUAGUUUCAUCUUCUGAGUUGUCUCCUGGGGUUAUUUGGUUGGUUGGCACUUCAGCAAAUCGUUGUGUAGUACAUAUGGCUGUAGACAGCCAAACAGAGAGACCCUUAUUGGGGAGUGGGGUGGGGGAAAUGGUUUUUUUAAUUUUAAGUUAUCUCCAGAAUGGAAACCAAAUAAUUCGAUUUCUUUUAUUCAAUAAACACUGAGUUCCUCUUCUGUGCCUGGCCCUGUGGUGGAUGUAAAAGAUAAGAUCUAACCUCUCUCAGAAAGCGCCUAAGGUCCGGUAGGGGGACUAUGGUGAACACACAGAUACCUGCGACAAAACACCAUCAGUGAGUUACUGAGAAACGGAGAUAGGAGCUGAAAGGUGGGAGAAGUCACUGGGCUUUCAUUCUAGUGCUAUAGGUCCUUGGGUCUGUAAAAACGAAAACUGUUUUUUCCCCUAUAAACCAUUUUCUGCUGGGUCAUAUACUCACUCCUAAGAGUUGCCAGUGAGAUGAAGUCUAACUCUGUGUGACCUUGGGCAAAUCAUUUGCCCUUCUUAAACUUCAGUUUCCUUAUCUGUAAGGAGGAGGAGUUGAAGGAUUUGGUCUCUGAGGGCCCUUCCACUCUAAUUCUAUUCUAAUCCAAUUUAAUCUAAGAGUAGUUUAAAAGAAACCUAGAUAAGAAUGUAAAUGCUGAUCCUAGAAAGUUGGGUCAAGCUAUCCUGGUCAAGAUGGUUGCUUUGGGGGGGAGGGUGAACUUGGCACAAGAAGGGGUGGAUGAAAGCCUUUAUUUUCAUUGUUAUCCUGAUAAUUCAAUUCAAUAAACCUUAAGCGCGUACUGUGUGCUAAUCAUGGGACAAAAUGUGAGAUGGCCUCUGCCCUCAUAGCCCCAGUAAGAAGCAGCCCUGUAUAGCCAAGGAUGGAUCUCUUUAAGUUAAGGGGGGAAUCACAGCUGUUGUCUUCUUGUGGAUACUCUGUUGCUUUCUUGUAUUCCACACUCUUCCCUGUGUUGGGGAAUUCAUUAUAAAGUCAGGUCUGUUUUGGACCUGACCUAGGGCUUAAUAGUUCUUGGUACCAAAAAUCUCUCCUCAGAAGAUCAUUUCAUCCAGAGGCAGAGGCCCCAGGGCCAAGACUGAAGGGGCACAAAAGGACAUCUUAAUAUUGUUUAAUAUAAAUGCACAUAUUUUUGGUUCCAGAAAAUGCUGUUUUGUUGGCAUGUGACUAUUUUGUGUGAAGUUCUGUGUCUCAUAAGUAGGGAGCAAUAUUUAGGGGAGAGUAAUAAGCAACACUUUUUAAAGUUUUCCUAGAAUCCAGAUGUAUUCUUGUUCUGGUGGGUGUUGUGGAGGAGGGGGUCAGGGCAGAGGCUUGGAAUAACCCACCAUGGAUGAUUGAGACCAGUCCACUCACUGUCUCUAGAACAUACCUUAUACUUUUCCUGCCUCCCUGUACUUGUUCAACUGUGUCACCCUCACUGGAAGGCUAUUCCUGUUAUGCUCAGUCAAAUUGUGCCUGUUCUUCAAAGCUCAAUUCAGGUCCCAUAUCCUCCACAAGACUUUUGGCCUUUGACAUUUUUAACUAGUUGUAUGACAUUGGGGAAUCACUUUGCCUCUCUGACCUUCAGUUUCCUCAUCUGUGAAAUGGGGGUAAUUUUACUGACCACUUCCUUCACAGCGUUGUCCCAAGGAAAAUACUUUGUUAAUGUUUAUCAGCACUAGAGAAAUGAGAAUAGUCUCUCCAGACCAAAGAGAUCUUUCCCUUCUUCCAAAUUCCUCCCUAAGACACUCGCUGUGUGACUUAUUUGGUGUUUGUCUCACACUGCUAUUUCAUAUCUGAUUGCAUUAAACUAAAUAAGUCCCAUCAGA